UGUGAAGAUUGACAGAACAGCUCGCAACCACAUGAAGAAUGAGCACCUGCGUUUCACGGAACUAUGAACAUGGUGUGUCUGUUACAGAAAGUGCUUCUCGUGGCAUCUGUCAGACAGAUCAUAUGCCACACUCUGACCCUUUCGACACUGGAGGAACGACCGGAAGGAAUUAAGAUAGGCACCCUAAGCACAGCGUACUCUCCACCAUACCAGCUGCUUGCAAGAUCAUAUUUUCAAGUGAAUGAGGAAACUGGGGAUGUGUACACGACAGAUCAGAUGAUUGACCGAGAGACUCUGUGUCCAUCACAGGAGGGUGGCUACUGUACCAUCUCAGCUGAUGCCCUAGUGGGCGCCGAACAAGAACUAAUUAAGAUAACUAUUAUUGUGGAGGAUAUAAAUGACAAUGCUCCUUUUUUUGAAACAACUGAAAUUCGUUUAAAAAUUCCAGAGGAUACAAGUGUUGGGAUAAGAGUGCUUUUAGAUGACAAAGCUCAGGACGAGGACAUCGGCAGUAAUGCGCAGAUAAGGUAUCAUUUAGAAGGUGCUAAAGGAUUCUUCACAGUGGCUCAGGACAGUUCUUCAAUUGAGCUGAUUGUUGAAAGAGAGCUGGACCGUGAAUCUCAAAACGAGCACUGCAUGGUCCUUGUUGCUGUGGACAGUGGAUCUGUGCCACUAAGUGCUACGGUGUCUUUAAUUGUUACAGUGCUCGAUGUUGAUGAUCAGUGCCCGCAGUUCAACCCUGAUAACCCUCGCACUGUUUCAGUGCCAGGAGGAGUGACCCGGGGAACAACAGUGACCCAGGUUCAAGCAAUAGAUCCAGACCUUGGCAGCAACAGUCAGAUCACUUACUCCUUCAGUCUCCACAUCUCCGAUCGGGCCAAAGAACUUUUCCACCUGGACAGAAACACAGGCAGGAUCAGUAUAGCUAUGGAUAUGAAGCUAGACAGCCCGGAGGAACAUGUGUUAAAAGUGGUUGUUAAUAGCCCACCUUGCCCUGUCGAGCAAACUCAGGUAACUGUAUAUCUGCAGCCAUUACGUAGCCCAGAGCCAACUAUUGAGAUCAAGUAUGUGGCACAGUAUAGAAACCAAACUAUAAUAUUACCGGAGAAUGAGCCACCGACUCUCCUGGCUCUUUUAGAGCUGAGCGACGUCUCAAGUAUCCAAAGAGUUCUGUCCUUAGAGACAGACAGCAAAGCUUUCACUUUGAAAGCCCAAGCAGGCAACUAUCUACUUUCAACCUUAAAGCCACUAGAUUUUGAGGUGUGUAGCAAAUACCUUCUUACUAUUGUUAUAAGAGAAGCCCAAGGCAAACAUGUGCAUGCAAAGAAACAGAUAAAAGUGGAGAUUGAAGACGUGAAUGAUAAUGCACCACAGUUUGAGGAGAGUUAUUAUCAGGUGGAGAUAGAGGAAAACAAUGAGCCUGGCAUCUCUUUACUACAAGUCAGUGCAAGUGAUGCAGAUAGCCAGCUUUAUGGCAAAGUGUCAUAUAGGCUGAUACAUAAUAACCCUGCUAUCUUUAAUAUUGAUGAAGUGACAGGUGUAGUGUCUGCUUUAGAAUCAUUGGACAGAGAACAACAGGGAGAAUACAUUCUCACUCUGUUGGCCAGGGACAAUGGUUCUCCUCCAUUAGAGACCUUUACAUCAGUGGCCGUAAAGGUCCUGGAUCAAAAUGAUAACCCGCCAACUUUUGUCACACCACGCUUAGUCUUCUUCAUCUCCGAAGGUAUUCCAUACCUAGCUCAUGUUGGAAACAUUGUAAUUGUGGAUCCAGAUGAGGGAGAUAAUGGAAAAGUGGUGGAUAUGCAAGUACUAGGCACACACGUUCCCUUCGCCAUAGAUAUGUCCCAGUUGGCACUUCGCUGUACAGGUGAGGUGGACCGAGAGAAGCAUGACUAUUAUGAGCUGAUCCUGCUGGCUAUAGAUGGAGGCACUCCUCAGCGUUCCUCCACUGCAUCUGUAACUGUUUUUGUCGAGGAUGUAAAUGAUAACCAGCCCCAGGUGCUCCUGCCAAGCAACAACUUCUCCUGCCAGACCAUAUCCCCUAAUACCAGGGUUGGCAGCAUCAUCACCAAAAUAUAUGCUAUUGACCAUGACUCAGGCAUGAAUUCUGAUAUUUCAUAUCAGAUUAUAGCCAGAAGGCCAAUCAAUCCCAGCCCAUUUCAGAUUGAUCCACACACAGGGAACAUCACACUGGCACAGCAGCUUGUGAGCAGAGACUACAGUAUGCAUCACCUUUUAAUCAAAGUCAGUGAUAGCGGGAAACCUGCACCUCUUCAGGCCACAGUGUGGGUUCAUAUACUGGUCAAUGAGAUGUCCAUGCAGUGCAACCUAACCACUGUUCCCCCAUAUUUUCCACCAGACACAGAGCCCCCACUGCCACCGAAACCAUAUAACCUAACAGAGAGUUGUACAAAACUGCCUUGGCUCCUGCUGCUCUGUGGCUUGGGUAUGAUGGUGUUCUCCAUAUGCAUGUUUUUGGUCACUUUUAUAAUUUGCAUGAAACAAAAACACUUGCGGAAAAGAACAUGUAAAAGAGAUCGCACAAUAGAACAUGAACUGGAAUAUUUAAAGUAAAGGAAAUGUGUUUUCCCUUUUUUUAAUUACAUUGUUGUAUUAUAAUAAGACAUGGAAAAUUUAAUCAAAUAUAAUUUAAAUAAAUUUCAAGUAAAUAUGAGUUACUUUCCAGGAUCUCCAAAACUGCAAACUGCUGUUUCCGGUCUGCAGUGGUCAGUAUCUAUCAAAAGUGGUCCACUGAAGGAACAGCGGUGAACCGGUGACAGGGUCAAGGGCAGCCAAGGCUCAUUAACGCACAUGGGGGAGCGAAAGCUGGCCUGAUCCAACAGAUGAGCUCCUGUAGCUCGAAUUGCUGAAGAAGUUAAUGCUUUUAGAGCUAAAUGGGUCAGAACUGUUGUGGCAGCAAAAGGGGGACCAGCACAAUAUUAGGCAGGUGGUCAUAAUGUUAUGCCUGAUCAGUGGUCAUUAAUUCUGACAUGGAUUAAGCAGGUGCUGAAGAUAAAUGAAUGAAUUAAUGAAAGAUAUUUUACCCAAAUCAAACAGAUGUUUCUCUAAGUGAUGAAGGGUAUUGAUAUUCAAUAAUUCCUUGAGGUCAAACAUUUGGAUUGGGCUAUUGCAGAAAGAGUGGAUAAUUAUUAACAAACAAUAAGCUUUAUUGGUCAGUGAUUAAAGGAGCGGUCCUUUGUGCCGUGGGCGGCUGUGAGGGUUGAAUGCUCUAAAAAACCAGCCAGACACCGAGUUUCUAAUCCUUUAAGGCCUUGAUUAGGACUUUCUCAAAUUUCCAAAAAUAAUUGAUGUAUGUCAGGUAUUUGCUGCCACAAAGGAGAUUAUUUUUCAUUUAAAAAAAGUGUGCUGCUUUGGAGAACACUGGGGGAUUCGUUGGCUGUUGAGAAAUGACGUAUUGUCUCAAAUCACUGUAUUCCCUGUCAUCUGAUACUUUUCCUUCUCACUCUAUGUACAAAUGCCAUAAAAGUGUAAUGUAUUAGGUAUGUAUUCCUACAAACAUUUUACAAUCUGAACUUUCUUAAGCUUUCUCCCUUUCAGGUUCGCUAAAUAGUAAUCCAGUGGUCAUAAGUUCAAACUUUUGAGCCAGUUGUGCACAAUGUGCUUGCAUGCAGUUUUGCAUGACUGCAUUUCUGGCAUUUCAGGGGUAUUUUGGUGAGUUAUUUCAGGUUAUAUCAGUUCACUAUGAUGAUUGCAUUAUUGCUUAUCAUACAUUCAGCAGUGCAUACACCAAAAAAAGAUGAAAAAAACAACUGAUAUUUCCUUGCUUUAGCUAAAGCUCCCAUUUAAAUGUUCAAAAUAUAAAUUAAGUGUCAGUGUAAAAAAAUAAUUUAUAAUUAUACAAAGCAUAUUUGUGUCAUUCACUGCUGCAAGUUACAAAUAAACAUACAUGUCUUGACAGGUAGACCAGAGCACAUGGAAUGUAACCACUGAUAUCUAUCUUUACUCAAUCUUAACGCUUACCUCAUGAAAAGGAAAAUAUGUGACAAUGUAAGUCUGGGAAAGAUCUUUGAAAACUGUAACAUCAUGAAAUGUCUGUAUCAAUAACAUAUGGAUUAUAUAGUUACUGUGGU